UGUGCCCAAAAUGGUUUGAUCUAUUUUAGUUUAAGGAACAUGACCAAUAAUGAAAACUGUUGAUUCUUAUUUUCCACUUUGUGAACUGUUUCAUGCUUGGAAGCUAUUGCAAAGGCAUUUCAAUUUUACCUGCCUCUGGCAAUGUUACAAGUUAUUAGUGUUCGCUGAAUGUAUGUAUUUGUUUCAUGCUUCAAUUUACUCCUCCUUGACAGGAUUCUGUGAAGCACCAAACACGGUUUUGCAAAAACCAGCAAAGGUUGUCCUAUCGAGCAUGGAAGUUGUUGCGCAAUCAAUGGGAUUUAAAACACAUAUUCGCAAUUACAAGAUGAGAGUGGAAGGUCUUUCAGCUAACAAGACAUCUCAUUUUUCUGUUAUCCUGGAAAUAUUCGAAGUUGCUCCUACAUUCUUCAUGGUAGACAUUCAGAAAGCAGCUGGAGAUGUUGCUGAUUAUCUCAAGUUUUACAAAAAUUUCGUUAGCAAUCUUGAAGAUAUCAUCUGGAAACCACCUAAUGAAUCAAGCAAAUCAAGGAUCUCUAAGAACCGGAGUAAGAGGCGCUGAUUUUUACUUGUAACAUCUUCAUUCAGUAAUGAAUUACUACUUGCUGAAGUUCAAUGUGUUUUGAAAAAGGCUUUACUUUCAAGGGUGAUCUCAGCAUGAGAUUGUAAUUUACAGUUUUCCCAACCAUCCCUCAAACCUCCAUCCCUGUUAACAUCCCAAU